GUGUGAGGAACUUACAGAGUUAGAGACGCAACAUCAUCAAACACCUACAGCAACAAUGGGAGUCGCAGAGGAUGACACGCCGUCCUCACUAACAACACAUUCAAAUGCAAAUGUAAACACUCUUCACCAAGACGGGGUGCUAGAAAUGACCGCUACUGAAAGCACGAUCAGAUUUAGUGGUCACACGCUGGACAAAGCCACGAAAGCCAAGGUAACACUUGAGAAUUACUACAGUAAUUUGAUAGCCCAACAUAUUGAGCGUAAGCAGCGGCUAGCUAAGCUCGAGGAAUCAUUGAAGGAUGAGGGUCUUUCUGAACAGCAGAAACAGGAGAAAAGGCUUCAACAUGCUCAGAAGGAGACGGAGUUUUUGCGCCUGAAGCGUUCCAGGCUCGGUGUUGAAGAUUUUGAACCACUCAAAGUCAUAGGUCGUGGUGCCUUCGGCGAGGUGAGAUUAGUACAAAAGAAAGAUACAGGUCAUGUAUACGCUAUGAAAAUAUUACGAAAGGCGGAUAUGCUUGAAAAGGAACAAGUGGCUCAUGUAAGAGCAGAGAGAGACGUACUAGUUGAGGCCGAUCACCAGUGGGUUGUGAAAAUGUACUACAGUUUCCAAGAUCCGAUUAAUCUCUAUCUCAUCAUGGAAUUUUUGCCUGGAGGGGAUAUGAUGACACUCCUAAUGAAGAAGGAUACGCUUUCGGAAGAGUGCACUCAAUUUUAUAUAUCAGAGACGGCAUUGGCCAUAGACUCAAUACACAAGCUGGGUUUUAUUCACAGAGAUAUUAAACCUGACAACCUGUUGCUUGACGCACGAGGCCACAUAAAGUUAUCUGAUUUUGGCUUAUGCACUGGCCUGAAAAAGUCGCACAGAACUGAUUUUUACAGGGAUCUCAGCCAAGCUAAACCAUCGGACUUCAUGACCUCUUGUGGCAGUGGAAGUGGGAGUGCAAUGGAUAGUAAAAGAAGAGCUGAAAGCUGGAAAAGGAAUCGGAGAGCUCUAGCAUACAGUACAGUGGGUACACCUGAUUACAUAGCACCUGAAGUCUUCCUGCAGACUGGUUACGGUCCAGCUUGCGAUUGUUGGUCCCUGGGUGUCAUCAUGUAUGAAAUGUUGAUAGGUUAUCCUCCAUUUUGUAGUGAAAAUCCUCAAGAGACAUACAGGAAGGUGAUGAAUUGGAGGGAAACUCUAAUAUUUCCACCGGAAGUGCCCAUAAGUGAAGAGGCCAAAGACACAAUUAUUAAAUUCUGUUGUGAAGCUGAUAGAAGACUAGGUAACAUUUUUAUAUAUCGCGGCUCCUAA